AUGUCUCAGGCCCCGGGCGGGAAGAAGGGCGCUAAAGGUCCGCCGAAGAAGAUCGCAGACGAUGACAAAACUAUCGCACCGAAGAGCACAGAUGAGAAGGAAGAGACUUCUUCCAACAAUGGCGAUAAAAAGGAGAUUAAGGAAACGAACGGGGAUGUGUCGAAGCCACAGAGUGCGAGCGUUAAUAUGCGGGAAGCUGCGGCUAAGAUAUUGGGCUUGGCGCAAAAGGGGGAAUGGUCAGCAGUGGAUCAGACUCUUAAGGUGUUGGAAAAAUUAGUGGCUGCUGGCGGUGAAGACACAAUAACUGUACCGAUGGCGGGGAUACUCGAUCCGGCAACCGGAAUGACACCACUUAUGUACGCGGUAAAGGACAACCGUACGACCUUCGUGGAGCGGCUUAUAGAACUUGGAUCUGAUGUUGGAGCAAGAAACAAUGACAACUACAAUGUGCUGCACAUAUCCGCGAUGUAUUCGCGGGAAGACAUUGUCAAGCUGCUGUUAUCGAAACGGGGAGUCGACCCUUUUGCCACGGGAGGAAGCCGUCAACAGACAGCCGUUCACUUGGUGGCCAGCAGGCAGACCGGUACCGCCACUAGUAUUCUCCGGGCUCUACUGACAGCUGCUGGAAAGGAUAUUCGCUUACGUGUUGAUGGGAGGGGCAAGAUCCCGCUGCUGCUUGCUGUGGAGGCCGGUAACCAGAGCAUGGUCCGGGAGCUUCUUAGUGCGCAAACGGCUGAACAACUAAAGGCAGCAACCCCCGCCGGCGAUACGGCACUUCACCUUGCAGCUAGGAGGCGCGAUGUGGACAUGGCGCGUAUUCUGGUUGACUACGGAGCAUCAGUGGACGCUGUUAAUGGGGCUGGCCAAACCGCUUUACAUAUAGCUGCCGCCGAGGGUGAUGAGCCACUCGUUAAAUACUUCUAUGGAGUACGAGCAAAUGCUGCUAUCACGGAUAACGAAGAUCGAACCCCGCUGCACUUGGCCGCCGAAAAUGGUCAUGCUGCAAUCAUUGAGCUUUUGGCUGACAAAUUUAAAGCGUCAAUCUUUGAAAGAACAAAAGAUGGCAGCACUUUGAUGCAUAUUGCUUCUUUGAAUGGCCACGCAGACUGUGCAAUGAUGCUCUUCAAGAAAGGAGUUUAUCUUCAUAUGCCCAAUAAGGAUGGAGCACGCAGCAUACAUACGGCAGCGCGGUACGGCCACGUUGGAAUCAUCAACACAUUGCUUCAAAAAGGGGAGAGUGUGGAUGUUACUACGAAUGACAACUACACAGCACUUCAUGUUGCAGUAGAAUCAUGUAAGCCAGCAGUUGUAGAAACUCUUUUGGGAUAUGGAGCAGAUGUUCACAUAAGAGGAGGUAAACAGCGAGAGACACCUUUGCACAUUGCUGCAAGGAUACCUGAUGGGGAUAAAUGUGCAAUCAUGCUCCUGAAAUCUGGUGCUGGGCCAAACAAAGCCACUGAAGAUGGUAUGACCCCUGUACAUGUAGCAGCGAAAUAUGGCAAUUUGGCAACAUUGCUACUCCUUCUCGAAGAUGGAGGAGAUCCUCUCAGAAAAACUAAGACUGGGGAAACGCCACUUCAUAUGGCAUGUAGAAGUUGCAAACCAGAUAUAGUACGCCAUUUAAUAGAGUUCGUUAAAGAAAAGAAGGGCGAGAAUCUUGCAACGGCGUACAUAGAUUCCGUUGAUGAAGAUGGCGCGAGUGCAUUACAUUUUGCAUGUAAAAUUACAAAAGAAGAGGUAACAAUGCCCGGAGCGGAUAGAGAAGUUGUGAAGUGCUUAAUGGAAAAUGGCGCAGAUGUAUCUCUAGUAACUAAACAUAACCAUGAAACAGUAUUUCAUUUCUGUGCUAUCGCUGGAAACAAUGACGUUAUGACUGAAAUGAUUUCUGAUAUGUCAACUGCUGACGUCAGUAAAGCUCUCAAUAAGCAAAACUCUAUUGGUUGGACACCUCUUUUAAUAGCGUGUCAUAGAGGACAUAUGGAACUUGUAAAUAAUUUACUUACAAAUCAUGCUAGGGUAGAUGUUUUUGACGUUGAAGGCAGAUCGGCACUACAUCUAGCCGCUGAACGUGGUUUUUUGCAAGUAUGUGAUGCUUUGCUAACAAAUAAAGCAUUUAUAAACUCUAAAGCUAGAAAUGGUAGAACUGCUCUUCAUUUAGCUGCCAUGAAUGGAUAUACACAUUUAGUGAAGUUUCUUAUACGUGAUCAUAAUGCAUUAAUUGAUGUUCUUACUUUAAAAAAGCAAACACCGUUACAUUUAGCCGCUGCUAGUGGGCAAAUAGAAGUUUGUAAAUUGUUACUAGAAUUAGGAGCUAAUAUAGACGCUACAGAUGAACUAGGCCAAAAACCAAUUCACGCUGCUGCGCAGAAUAACUACUCUGAAGUGGUUCAGUUAUUUCUUCAGCAACAUCCUAACUUAGUUAUGGCAACUACAAAGGAUGGAAACACUUGCGCUCAUAUAGCAGCUAUCCAGGGUUCAGUUAAAGUAAUCGAAGAAUUAAUGAAAUUUGAUAGGACUGGUGUUAUAUCAGCUCGAAAUAAAUUAAACGAUUCUACUCCUUUACAAUUGGCUGCUGAGGGUGGUCACGCAGAUGUUGUGAGAGUUCUUGUCAGAGCUGGGGCCUCGUGUACUGAUGAAAACAGAGCAGGAUUAACAGCAGUCCACUUAGCAGCAGAACAUGGUCAUACAAAUGUUCUAGAUGUCAUGAGAUCAACAAAUACUUUAAGGAUAUCCAGUAAAAAGUUGGGGCUAACCCCUCUUCAUAUAGCAGCAUAUUAUGGUCAAGCCGAAACUGUCCGAGAGCUUCUUUCACAAGUUCCUGGAACGGCAAAGUCAGAUCCACCUACAGGGAUGUCCUUAGUCCCAGUACUAGGUGCCGAAUCUGGUCUUACACCUCUACAUCUCGCUGCAUAUAAUGGAAAUGAAAAUGUUGUGAGGUUACUUCUUAAUUCUCCGGGUGUCCAAGUAGAUGCAUCUACUAACGAAAACGGAUAUAAUCCUUUACAUUUAGCCUGUUUUGGUGGACAUAUGUCCAUUGUAGGUCUCUUAUUAAGUCGAUCUGCAGAAUUACUACAUAGCGUAGAUAGACACGGAAAAACAGGACUACACAUAGCUUCGACGUAUGGCCAUUAUCAAAUGGUUGAAGUUUUAUUAGGCCAAGGUGCAGAAAUUAACGCCACAGAUAAAAAUGGUUGGACUCCAUUACACUGUGCGGCCAAAGCUGGAUAUUUAAAUGUAGUAAAGUUACUAUGCGAAUCAGGUGCUUCGCCUAAAAGUGAAACCAAUUUAAAUUGCGCCCCAAUCUGGUUUGCUGCUUCUGAAAAUCAUAAUGAUGUUCUUGAAUAUCUUUUACAUAAAGAACAUGAUACACAAUCUCUUAUGGAUGAUAAAAGAUUUAUUUAUAAUCUUAUGGUGUGUUCGAAAAAUCACAACAAUAUUCCAAUAGAAGAAUUUGUUUUGGUAUCACCAGCACCUGUAGACACAGCUGCUAAGUUAUCAAACCUUUAUAUCAAUUUAUCUACUAAGGAAAAGGAGCGUGCCAAAGAUCUUAUAGCAGCUGGUAAACAGUGUGAAGCAAUGGCCACAGAACUAUUAGCAUUAGCCGCUGGUGCUGAUUCAGCUGGUCAUAUACUUACUGCUACGGAUAAUAGAAAUAUCGAAUUUUUAGAUGUAUUGAUAGAAAAUGAGCAAAAAGAAGUCAUUGCACAUACAGUCGUCCAAAGAUAUCUUCAGGAACUCUGGAGAGGGAGCCUCAAGUGGAAUGGCAUCAAAAUUAUGUUCCUUUUUGUCGCAUUUAUAAUAUGUCCACCAGUUUGGGUGACAAGCGAGAAGGAGAGUUUUUUCAGACGUGACGAUGAAUCACUAUUUUCCUUCGAGCUGCUGUUCUUCGCUGUGUUUGGUCAAACCACAACGGAACAAACGAGAGUGCAUCGAAAUGACACUAACACGCAACCAGCGUGGACAAAUUACUUGUUCAAAAUUGUGUUUGGAAUUUACAUGCUGGUAUCGGUGGUGGUACUAAUAAAUCUCCUGAUUGCUAUGAUGUCAGACACGUAUCAAAGAAUUCAGGCUCAAUCAGAUAUAGAAUGGAAAUAUGGUUUAUCAAAGUUAAUUCGUAACAUGCACCGAACGAAUACAGCUCCAUCUCCACUUAAUUUAGUCACAACUUGGCUUAUGUGGCUCAUUCAUAGAUGUAAGAAUCGUCUGAGUAAGAAGAAACGAACAAGUCUGGUGCAUAUGAUUGGAGUGCAAAGGCAGGAGCAGCUGAGUGCGAGAUCAAAAGCCGGGGCAAAGUGGUUAUCCAAGGUAAAAAGAGGGCAAGUUGUACCAAAAGAUUCUACGCGUCUCUCCGUAGUGCAUUUAAGUCCAUUGGGUUCCCAACUCAGCAUUAGUAAUACGACGCGCAUUGAGAAUGUAGUUGACUGGGAAAUAAUCGCUAAAAAGUACAGAACCUUGAUGCGAGAUGAGCCUGAAGAACCCGUAACUAAAGAAAGUGAGGCUGAUACUGCUGAUGAAGAGUCGGAGAUAGUUCCAAAUAACAUAGCCGCUGCACCUCCUUGA